GUAAGAACGAAAAUUAAAAGUCAUACUGAGUUGUUUUUGUAAAACUUGUAGGCAGACGAACUUUCGUUUUUAGUGAAUUAUUAAUACAAUACAGUGAUUUUGCAGCAAGAAUAACUUAUUUAUUAGUUUUGUUAAUUUGAUAAACAAUAAAAUGGAUAGACUUCUUCGACUAGGAGGUGGUAUGCCAGGUUUAACCCAGGCACCGCCGCCUUCUGAUGCUCCUGUUGUAGAUACUGCCGAACAAGUAUACAUAUCCUCCUUAGCUCUAUUAAAAAUGUUAAAGCACGGGCGUGCUGGAGUGCCCAUGGAAGUAAUGGGUCUUAUGUUAGGAGAAUUCGUGGACGACUAUACCGUUCGAGUAAUUGAUGUAUUUGCUAUGCCUCAGACUGGUACCGGUGUUAGUGUAGAAGCUGUUGACCCAGUUUUUCAAGCAAAAAUGCUUGACAUGUUAAGACAGACUGGUAGACCAGAAAUGGUUGUGGGAUGGUACCAUUCACAUCCAGGUUUUGGAUGUUGGUUGUCCGGAGUUGACAUCAACACCCAACAAAGUUUUGAGGCUCUCUCAGAAAGAGCUGUAGCAGUAGUAGUUGAUCCAAUACAGUCAGUGAAAGGCAAAGUUGUUAUUGAUGCCUUUAGGUUAAUAAAUCCUAAUAUGAUGGUAUUGGGUCAAGAGCCUCGCCAAACUACAUCUAACUUAGGACAUCUACAGAAGCCAUCAGUGCAGGCUUUGAUUCAUGGUCUAAAUCGGCAUUACUACUCCAUCAGUAUUAAUUACAGAAAAAAUGAAUUGGAACAAAAAAUGCUACUAAAUCUCCAUAAAAAAUCCUGGAUGGAUGGUCUAACUUUAGCAGAUUACUCUGAAAAUUGUAGUGUCAAUGAAAAGACUGUAGCUGAAAUGUUAGAACUAGCCAAGAAUUACAACAAGGCAUUAGAGGAGGAGGAAAAAAUGACUCCAGAACAACUCGCUAUUAAAAAUGUUGGUAAACAAGAUCCUAAGAGGCAUUUAGAAGAAAAGGUUGAUAUUUUGAUGACCAAUAAUAUUGUCCAGUGCUUGGGAGCUAUGCUUGAUACAGUUGUUUUUAAGUAAUUGCUGGAUCUCUUUUUGUACUACAUUUACAACUUAAUUUAUAAGAUAUUUUUUCAUUAAAAACUUUUAUUAUGAAUUUGUGUUGUGUAACACAUCAAAAUAAAACUUAUUAUUAAGU